AUGAUAAAGUUGAUUACAUCUGUCAUUUCAAGGUCAUUGCCAAUCCCUGAGGAUCAGUUGUUGGCUUCUGGGUCACAAGAAAGCUUGACAGACUGCUCCACCAGGAGUUCAUCAAUGGCGUUGGGAAGAGAGAGCACCUCUGUGUCAACAGAAUCCCUACCCUCGUCUGCCCUGUCCUUCACUCCGGGGGCAUCUCCAAGGAAACUGUGUUCCCCAGCACCGGAAGGAAAUGUCUCUGACUCAUCCACAGGAGCUAGGAAAAAAUCAAGACAGACCUCCAGCCACAAAAAGAAAUCAAAAGUUCAGAAGGGCAGUGACGAAGAUCUAGACGUUGAAGUUAAAAUCGGCCAGUUUACAGAUCCAUCUUGCUUCUAUGCUUACGUGGUGGACAGCAGCUUAGAUAGGAUAAUGGACAAUAUGGAGGAGGAAUAUCGGGACUCAGAGCCACAGUGGAUUAACUGGGACGAGGGGACGUUCUGUGCUGUGCGGAGACCAGAGGACGGGAAGUGGUACCGGGCCAGGAUAGAACAAGUCAUGAACAAGAACGUCAUGGAGGUAUUUCUGGUGGAUUUUGGGUUUACGGAGACCAUUCAGACCUCCGAGUUACGGAGUUUGAGGAAGGAUUUUUCCCAGGAUGCAGCAUUCUCCUUCCUUUGUCACCUGGCGGAGGUUGUUCCAGCUGGGGACCAAAGCACCUGGUCCAGAACUGCUUGUGAGUUUAUGUUAGAGGAAACCCAGGGCAAGAAACUCUACAUCAAGAAAAAGGGUGAGAAAAUAAAAAUGUCUGCCCCUGUGGAUCUGAUCUUGGAGACCGAGGUUCCAGAGAGCGCCCUGGAGCCGUCCAGAAAAUCUUACACCAGUCUGAUAGAGAUGAUGAAGGACAGAGGCCUGGUCAUCCCAACUCCAGG